AGACUGGCGGCGUUGCGGGGGAGCCGGGAGCUGCGGGCGGGCUAGACGUGCCCCGCCGCGGGGUGGUGCUCUGACUGCGGCAGCCGUUGAGGGCCGCAUCGGGGGAAGCUGCCAGGCGCCACGACCUGUGCUACCGGAAAGGAUAAUGGAAGUUCCUCAUGUGAAAAGGAGAGGAUAUUAACAAGGAAGGCUUGGAUCCUCAGGAGCACACGAAGGACAGCAGACAUGCAACUUUCAUUGUUAGAGAGAGGAGAGAGAGAGAAGCCUUGUUGGUUGACGUCACUUGGUUCAUGAAGCCUUCGCCUAGAAGUGAAGCUGCUGAACAAACCUUGAGAAGAAUCAUCUCCUGCUUCAAUCUGCUGCUGGAUAGGAACUAAUCAGAGAGAGAGCGGCGGAAGACGGGGCCGGAGGGAGCCGGGGCUUUUGCGAUCACGGAUCUCACCUCCACUCCAACUCCCUAGACUUUCUCGCAGAAAUUAUAAGAGAAAUAAGGAGUCGGUGGGGAUUCCGAAAAGCUUAACCUGCACCCGAGAAGGGCGAAAAUCCCUUCCACCGCGCAACUCCGUUCGAAAGUGAAGGUUUCUCAACAGUGAUGUCACAAGAUUGACCACAUUGAUCACAGCACUGUCCUUUCCACCUCUGAAAGGCAAGAGUUGGUGCCCACAGCCUUGUCUGCACUGGAGACAUGGAGUCUGGAGAACGACUGCCACCCUCCCCAGCCUCCUCCGCUACACCAACGGCAUCUGCUCCUGCUGUGGCUUCAGUGGUUUCCAAAAGCGGCCUUUCCUCGGGACCUGCUUCACUUAGCUCUGCAGUCAACCCAUGUGUUCUGGAAGCUGGGAAGUCCAAGAUGAAGGUACCACCCGACUCAGUGUCUGGACAUUUAUUCAGACCAGCUGGGGAUCAGCCGUUUAACCUGUCCACAGUGUCGAGUGCCUUCCCAAUGGUCAGCCACCCAGUCUUUGGUCUACAUUCAGCCAGCUCAGGGCAUUCAGAAUUUGGUGGUUUGGGGACACUUGGUACACCCACAGCCUUAGCCGCACAUCCCCAACUAACAUCUUUUCCAGGUGCGGAAUGGUGGCGAGCCACAGACAUUCAUACUCGUGCAGGAGCGCCCUUCUUCCCACCAUUACUGGGAAUUCCACCACUGUUUGCUCCUCCAGCCCAGAAUCACGACUCUUCAUUCCAUUCGAGGACUUCUGGAAAGAGUAAUCGAAAUGGUUCUGAGAAAGGUAUAAAUGGGUCAGUUAAUGGCAACAGUGCAUCAUCCUCUGUCCUUGGUGUCAGUACGUCUGUACUAUCCACUCCCGCUUCAAGUUCCAUGGGACAGAAUCAAAGCACAAGCUCAGGUGGAGGAAACCUUAAAUGUCAUCAGGAACAAAGCAAAAAUCAGCCUUUGGAUGCCAGAGCUGACAAAAUCAAAGAUAAGAAACCGAGGAAGAAAGCUAUGGAAAGUUCUAGCAACAGUGAUAGUGAUUCGGGCACAUCGUCAGACACCUCAAGUGAAGGCAUUAGUAGUAGCGACUCAGACGAUCUGGAAGAGGAAGAAGAAGAAGGUCAGAGUAUCGAGGAGAGUGAAGAGGACUCGGACUCCGAGACUGAAGCACAACACCACAGCGACACCCAGGUGCUAUUACAUGGUAUUUCAGAUCCAAAAGCAGAUGGACAGAAAGCAACUGAAAAAGCCCAGGAAAAAAGAAUACACCAGCCAUUACCUCUUGUGUCUGAAUCCCAGACUCACUCAUCAUUCCAAUCCCAGCAGAAGCAGCCUCAGGUUUUGUCACAGCAGCUUCCAUUUAUUUUCCAAAGCUCUCAGGCAAAGGAGGAAUCUGUGAACAAACACACCAGUGUAAUACAGUCUACGGGAUUGGUGGCCAAUGUGAAACCUUUGUCUUUGGUAAAUCAAACCAAAAAGGAACCUUACAGGAAACUCAUAGUUCCUUCUCCUGAUGUACUUAAAGCAGGGACUAAAAAUACCUCUGAAGAAUCUAGUUCUUUGACCAGUGAGUUGCGAUCCAAACGGGAACAAUAUAAGCAGACAUUCCCAUCACAAGUAAAGAAACAGGAGUCGUCGAAGAGCCUGAAGAAGGUUAUUGCAGCUUUGUCAAACACAAAAGCAACCUCUAGUUCACCAGCACAUCCAAAACAACCAGUAGAGAACAACCACCCUAAUCCAUUUCUGACAAACGCACUUUUAGGUAGUCACCAACCAAAUGGGGUCAUUCAAAGUGUCAUUCAAGAAGCUCCUUUAGCACUUACUACCAAAACUAAAAUGCAGAGUAAGAUUAACGAAAACGUCGCCAGUAGCAGCCCAUUCUCCUCACCUGUCAACCUGAGCACAGGUGGGAGAAGACCCGGCAAUCAGACUCCUGUCCUGCCCUCUGCCUCUCCCAUCGUGCACAGCCACGGGAAGGAGAAAGUGGUGAGCAAUAAUGUCACACCAUUGAAAACACAGCAUCACCCUCAUCCCGCAAAGUCUUUGGUGGAACAGUUUAGAGGUGCGGAUUCCGACAUUCCCAGUAGUAAAGACUCUGAAGAUUCAAAUGAAGAUGAGGAGGAAGAUGAUGAGGAAGAAGAUGAAGAGGAGGAAGAUGAUGAUGAUGAGUCUGAUGACAGUCAAUCAGAAUCAGAUAGUAAUUCAGACUCAGAUACAGAAGGCUCAGAAGACGACGAUGAGAAAGACCAGGAGGAAUCAGAUAGUGACACUGAAGGAGAGAAAACUGCCACGAACCUGAACCAGACAAGCUCCUCUGCCAAAAGCCCUCCCAUCAAUCUCACAGCUCACUCCACACCUCACAGCCUCCACACAGGAGGCGCCCCGGGCUCCGCUCCUGCCGCCCUGUGCUCUGAGUCCCAGUCUCCUGCUUUUCUUGGCACUUCUUCUUCCACACUCACUUCAAGUCCACACUCUGGUCCAUCCAAGAGAAGAAGAGUGACCGAUGAACGCGAGCUGCGUGUGCCUCUGGAAUACGGCUGGCAGAGAGAGACAAGAGUAAGAAACUUUGGUGGGCGCCUUCAAGGAGAAGUGGCAUAUUACGCUCCGUGUGGAAAGAAGCUUAGGCAGUACCCUGAAGUGAUCAAGGGAAUGCAGUGGUGUCUUUUGAAAGAAGAGGAUGUCAUUCCUCGUAUCAGGGCAAUGGAAGGCCGAAGAGGAAGACCACCCAACCCCGAUAGACCAAGAGCAAGAGAGGAGUCGAGGAUGAAACGCCGGAAGGGUCGCCCUCCCAAUGUUGGCAGUGCAGAGUUCUUAGAUAGCACAGACGCGAAAUUACUAAGGAAACUGCAGGCUCAAGAAAUAGCCAGACAAGCAGCACAAAUUAAGCUUCUGAGAAAACUUCAAAAGCAAGAACAGGCACGGGUUGCCAAAGAAGCCAAAAAACAGCAGGCAAUAAUGGCUGCUGAAGAGAAGCGGAAGCAGAAAGAACAGAUGAAGAUUCUGAAGCAGCAGGAAAAAAUUAAGAGAAUCCAGCAAAUCAGAAUGGAAAAAGAACUCCGAGCUCAGCAGAUUCUUGAGGCUAAAAAGAAAAAGAAGGAAGAAGCGGCAAAUGCCAAAUUAUUGGAGGCCGAGAAACGAACAAAGGAAAAAGAACUGAGAAGACAGCAGGCUGUCCUUCUGAAGCACCAGGAGUUGGAGAGGCAUAGACUAGAUAUGGUAUGGGAACGGGAGCGAAGGCGGCAGCACAUGAUGCUCAUGAAAGCUAUGGAAGCGCGUAAGAAGGCAGAAGAGAAAGAACGAUUGAAACAAGAGAAACGCGAUGAGAAAAGGUUGAAUAAGGAGCGCAAACUAGAGCAGCGGAGACUGGAAUUAGAAAUGGCAAAGGAACUAAAGAAGCCUAAUGAAGACAUGUGCUUAGCAGACCAAAAGCCCUUGCCAGAGUGGCCUCGCAUCCCAGGACUUGUCCUCUCUGGAACCACAUUUUCAGACUGUCUCAUGGUGGUGCAGUUCUUACGAAACUUUGGUAAAGUUUUGGGCUUUGAUGUGAAUAUUGAUGUUCCAAACCUCAGUGUUCUUCAAGAGGGAUUGCUAAAUGUAGGGGACAGCAUGGGUGAAGUCCAAGACUUGCUUGUGAGACUCCUCUCAGCUGCUGUGUGUGAUCCAGGUCUAAUUACAGGAUACAAGGCCAAAACCGCUCUUGGAGAGCACUUGCUGAAUGUGGGUGUGAAUCGAGACAAUGUGUCGGAGGUUUUGCAGAUUUUCAUGGAAGCCCACUGUGGACAGACGGAGCUGACGGAGAGCCUCAAGACUAAAGCUUUCCAGGCUCACACCCCAGCACAGAAAGCCUCCGUCCUCGCCUUCCUCAUUAAUGAACUGGCGUGCAGCAAGAGUGUGGUGAGUGAGAUCGACAAGAACAUUGAGUAUAUGUCAAACUUGAGGAGAGAUAAAUGGGUAGUGGAAGGUAAACUCCGCAAGCUCAGGAUAAUUCAUGCAAAGAAAACAGGCAAAAGAGACACUGCAGGAGGCAUUGAUCUCGGAGAAGAGCAGCAUCCCCUGGGCACCCCCACUCCAGGACGCAAGCGGAGAAGGAAGGGAGGAGACAGUGAUUAUGAUGAUGAUGAUGAUGAUGACAGUGAUGAUCAAGCAGACGAGGAUGAUGAAGAUGAAGAAGAUAAAGAUGACAAAAAAGGAAAAAAGACUGAUAUUUGUGAAGAUGAGGAUGAAGGUGACCAGACAGCAAGUGUUGAGGAGCUGGAAAAACAGAUUGAGAAACUGAGCAAACAACAGAGCCAGUACAGGCGAAAGCUCUUUGAUGCUUCCCACUCGUUGCGCUCAAUGAUGUUCGGUCAGGACCGUUACCGACGCAGAUACUGGAUUCUUCCUCAGUGCGGAGGGAUUUUUGUAGAAGGCAUGGAGAGUGGUGAAGGCCUAGAAGAAAUUGCAAAAGAAAAAGAAAAGCUUAAAAAGGCAGAAAGUCUCCAGAUGAAAGAAGAAGAAGUAUUUGAGACUCCUGCAGAAUCUUUAAAUUGUUCCAUUCCCGAUCACUGUGAGCAGAAGGAAGACCUUAAAGAAAAAGAUAACACAAACCUCUUUCUUCAGAAACCUGGCUCUUUCUCCAAGUUAAGCAAGCUUUUGGAAGUAGCUAAAAUGCCUCCUGAGUCAGAUAUUAUGACCCCCCCAAAACCGACUGCUAAUACGAACGGAUGUACAUUGUCCCAUCAGAAUGGGGGCAAGCAUUCCCUGGGGAGCCUUCCCUUGGCGGCAGCGCAGAGCGGCUUGGAAAAGACAGACGCAGGUCUGUUUAGCUCUGCCUCGGGUAGCUGUGCGAAGUUGUACGGCCCUCUCCCCAACGACCAACUGCUAAAAACACUGACUGAGAAGAACAGACAGUGGUUUAGCCUUCUGCCAAGAACACCUUGUGACGACACUUCCUUGACCCAUGCUGACAUGCCAGCUGCUUUAGGGACUCCUCAGUCUCAGCCACCAUCAAAGUCACCAUCACCUGCUCCAGCUCCGCUUCUUGGGCCGUCUUCUCAGAGCCCUGCUGGACUGAACCCAUUUACUUUACCGCCUCUUCAGGUGAAAAGCGGCAUGUCUAUGAUGGGCCUUCAGUUCUGUGGGUGGCCUGCUGGGGUACUCACUUCCAAUGUCCCGUUUACAUCACCUUUGCCUGGUCUGGGGUCAGGCUUGGGACUGCCAGAAGGAAAUGGUAGUUCAUUCUUGACCUCCAGUGUUGCUUCAAGUAAAAGUGAGUCUCCAGUACCUCCACCGGAAAAGGCCACCACAGCUCAGCCAGCAGCUGUUGAAGUAGCAAAGCCUGUAGAUUUCCCUAGUCCAAAGCCUAUCCCAGAAGAAAUGCAGUUUGGUUGGUGGAGAAUUAUUGACCCAGAGGACCUGAAAACAUUGCUCAAAGUGCUGCAUCUCAGAGGAAUAAGGGAAAAGGCACUACAGAAGCAAAUACAGAAGCACUUGGAUUAUAUUACUCAAGCCUGUAUUAAGAACAAGGAUGUUGCUAUUAUUGAAUUAAAUGAAAAUGAAGAAAAUCAGGUAACUCGAGAUAUUGUGGAAAACUGGUCCAUAGAGGAGCAAGCGAUGGAACUGGACCUGAACAUCCUCCAGCAAGUAGAGGACCUGGAAAGGAGGGUAGCGUCAGCAAGUUUGCAAGUGAAGGGUUGGAUGUGUCCAGAGCCUGCAUCAGAAAGGGAGGACUUGGUAUAUUUUGAACAUAAGUCAUUUACUAAGUUGUACAAGGAGCAUGAUGGAGACCUUCCUGGUGACGAAGAAAACAGUGCACAUGCACUGGCCCGGAAGAGUGACAACCCCCUAGAUAUAGCUGUAACCAGGCUGGCUGAUUUGGAGCGGAACAUUGAGAGAAGGUAUCUGAAGAGCCCCUUAAGUACCACCAUUCAGAUCAAACUGGAUAAUGUGGGCACAGUUACUGUCCCUGCUCCUGCACCAUCCGUUAGUGGUGAUGGUGACGGAGUUGAAGAGGAUAUUGCCCCAGGGCUCAGGGUCUGGAGGAGGGCAUUAGCAGAAGCUCGCAGUGCUGCACAGGUAGCCCUGUGCAUCCAGCAGUUACAGAGAUCAAUAGCAUGGGAAAAAUCAAUUAUGAAAGUUUACUGCCAAAUCUGUCGGAAGGGAGACAAUGAGGAGCUGCUGCUACUCUGUGACGGCUGUGACAAAGGCUGCCAUACCUACUGCCAUAGGCCCAAGAUUACGACCAUUCCAGACGGGGACUGGUUUUGUCCAGCCUGCAUCGCUAAGGUAAGAAUGGUAGGAGACUAAGCUUUAAAUUACCAGAGUU